AUGGUGGAAAUGGUCGGCCUUCUAAAAGCACUCUUCAGUCCCAACCUACGAUCUUUCAGCACAAGUUCGGUUGUUCAAGCCACUAUAAAUCAAAUAAAGAGAGGUGCCGGCCCUCCAAGACGGAAGAAGAUAAAUACUUCACCAGAUUUGGAACACUGCCCAUUUAAGAAAGGUGUCGUAUUGAGAACAAUGAUUCUAAAACCUAAGAAACCAAAUUCAGCCCAAAGAAAAGCAUGUAGAGUAAAACUUUCUAACGGCAAUGUAAUUUCGGCAUAUAUCCCUGGGGAAGGUCAUAACGUACAAGAACAUAGUAUCGUACUCGUUAGAGGUGGUAGAUGUCAAGAUUUGCCUGGUGUGAAAUACCAUUUAGUUCGAGGAAAUAGUGAUCUGGGAGGUGUUGUGGGCAGAAUCUCAUCCAGAUCCAAAUAUGGUGUAAAAAAACCAACUUCAUAG